CAACUAAUCAGACUUCCCAAUCUCUUGACAAACAACAAGAGUUUUGUGAUGAUGCAGAUAACAACAAAAAAAUUAAAGAAGGUGAGGAUGAAGAAGAAAAAGCACUAAGUCAAAUGAGAGAGGAGUCUUUUAUAGAGGCGAUAGAUCAUCUUAAACAUGCUGAUAAAUUGGAACCAGUAAACGCUCUGCAUUUCCCAGAAAAUCUAGAAAACGUGGAAGAAAAUAUCUCUGCACCAGAAGCAAACAGAAAGAGUGAAUCAAUUUCCUGUGACGCUACACAAGAGGAUGUUGAUUUCAUAAACAAGACAAUGGCAACAUCAACGGAAAACGAGGCAGGAAGUAUUCAAGUAUCUGAUGUUCAGCCCUGUACUGAUAAUGUUCAUACAUCUCUGCCGCUUGAAGUUGAACUUGUAAUUUGUGAAGAUGAUGAAAAUAUCAAGACGCCAAAAGAACGAGAGAAUGACGAAGAAAAUGCUUUAGUAAUAAUGAGAGAUGAAUCUAUUAUGGAUGCAUCAGAUUACCCAGAACAUGCUGAACAAUUGGACCGCGUUAUUGUCCCACAAGACGAUCUAAUUAAGGAUGAACAACCCAGUGAUACAUCAGAGAAAUUUGAAUGGAACAAAGCAUCUCUUGAUAAUGUAUCUGAUUCUACUGGCGCAGAUUAUGAUGUACCAAUAGCAAAACAUGUCAAUGACGAAGAAAUUGUCUUGAUUGAAAUGCCAGAAAAAGGUGUGGAGCUGGAGUCAACAAAUCAUGCAUCUCAAUCACUUGACAAACAGCAACAAAUAUGUGGUGAUGUAGAAAAUGACGAAAAAACUAGAGUAGAUGAAGACGAAGAAGAGAAUGCAUUAAUUCAAAUGAGAGAUGAAUCUUUCAACAUGGCAUCAGAUCAUUUCGAACAUGCUGAGAACGUGGACUCAGUGAAUGUGCUUCAUCUACAAGAAAAUAUAGUAAACCCUUCAAAAGAAGCAGAAAGAAUGGGUGAAUCAGUGCCCUGUGAAUCUGUACUUCAGACAUCAACGGAAAACAAGGCAGGAAAUACUCAGAUUGCGGAUAUAGUUGUAGUUUGUAAUGAUGAAGAAAACCUCGAAAAGAUAGGAGAAGGAAAAGAUGAUGAAGAAAAUUCUUCAGUAAUGAUCGGAGAUGAGCCUAUUAUGGAGACAUUAGCUCUUCCAGAAGAUGCUGACAUAUUGGACCUAGUAAAAGAAGAUCUAUGUAAGGAGAAACAACCCAGUGAUACAUCUGACGAAUUCGAAUUUACAAAAGCAUCUCUUGAUUAUGCAUCUGAUAGUGCUGGUUCACAGCAUGUACCCACAGACGAGAUGAAGCCAAAUCAUGCAGAAAACAUGAAUGAAAAUAUCGUAUUACAAGAAACAGAAAGGGAUAGUGAACCAAUUGCAUGUGACGCUGAAAAAGAAAAUACUGAUUUUACGUGCACGGUACUGAAAGACUUUGACACAAAUGAGGAAUCAAAGAUCUACGUUUCUGAUGCACAACCGUGUGAUGAAGAUUAUGAUGUGAAAAUCAGAGAAGGAGUAGACGAAGAAGAAGAAGCGUUAAUAAAAAUGAGAGAAGAGUCAUUCAUGAAGACAUCAGAUCAUCCAGAACAUGCUGAGAAAGUAGAACCUGUAAUUGUUCAACAAGAAAAAAUGGAUGAAGAUAAACAACACCGUGAUGUAUCUGAAGGAUCCGAACAAAGCAAAGUACUUCUUGAUAAUGCAUUUUAUUGUACUGACGCAGAUCAUGAUUCCAAAGACACACUUAUCAAUGACGAGAACCUUGUUCUGAGGAAAAUACAAGAAGAGGAGCUGGUAACAAAUCAUCCAGAGAGUAAAGAAAAUCUGGAAGAAAAAAUCUGUUCACAAGAAACAGAGAGUAAAACAAUGUUGUGUGACGCUGUAAAAGACAGUACUGAUACAAACACAGCACUGGAAAUCUUAGUGAAAAAUGAGGCAGGAGAGAGUCAAGUUUCUGAUGUUCCACCAUGCAUUGAAAAUGUCAAUAUAUCCCAAACACUUGAAAUACAACUUAUGAUUUCUGAUAAUGCAGAAAACGAUGAAAAAGCUACAGGCGGAGAAAAUCAAGAGGAAAAUGCCUUAAUCAUAAUUAGAAGACAGAAUUCAAUGGAGGAGAAACUAGAUAAUCUAGAAAGUGCUGAUCAUAUUGUACAAGGUGCAACACUUGAUUCAAACACAAAUGUAGCACAAUAUCAAUCUCAACUUUCUGAAGAACCCCAACCAGCAUUAACGAAGACUACUGUACAAAUUGACAGCGAGAAUGUGAAUGAUCCUAUAAAUUUACAACAUAUUCCUCGUGUCGAUUUUAUAGACAAAGACAAUUCUUCUGUACAGGAUGAGAUGUCAAACUAUUCCGAGAAUAUUGAAAACUUGGAAAAACCUAUUCUCUCACAAGAAGACUGUACACUGAAUUCCAUUGUAACAAUGUCAAAUGUGACCAAGAACGAUGAAAUUAUUUCACAAUGCAUUUCUCGCGAGGACAAAGCAAUUGUAAACAAUAACAAACCGGAUUCAUUUGAUGUCUAUGAUAUCAAAACUACUACAAAUUCGCUUGACAACUCGGAAGACGAUACCCCUGAAAAAGAUAAGCGCAAUUUUAGUAAUGAAAAUGAAAAAAAUCAAUUUCACAGCUAUUGGAAAUAUCGUGAUGCAGAGCUGUUAGAUGCACUAUACAAAAUUUCGAUUGAGACUGAUCAACCAAUUGGCUCUAUUGAAGAGGAGCUUGAUACAUUCAACAAGAAUUAUAAUGACGCAGAAGAGAGAAUGAAAAGUUACAUGUACGAAAUGAGAAAUGUGUCUAAAUACUUUGACUACAAUGACGCUGAAGUAAAACAUAAUCUACUCAGAGUAUCGGAUGAUACCAAAAAUAUACAGCAGUAUAUUUCUGAUAGCAACAGCGAUAUCACACCAAAAGCAAAUUAUUCAAUAUUAGAAGCUGAACAGUCAGUGACAAAUGCCAGCAUUGAUGAAAAGAACUUGAUAAUUCAAAAUACUAACAUUGCCCCAGAAAUAGCUCAAGAUGCUUCUGAUCUCUCUAAAGAUACGCAAAAUAAAAUACAAAAUCGCAUUGAAACUUUUGUGUAUGAACUAAACGAUGUCAUUGAUCACUGGAAAUAUGCAGAUGCAGAAUCAAUGUAUGUUGCGUAUAAAUCACCUAUUGUCACUUCGCUCAAUGACGCCGAUCAUGAUGAAAUUUCAAAACAGGGUGAACCGAAUAAGCAAGAAUUAUCAACCUCUAUUUUAUCAACAUCUGUCGCAGCAUCGAUUGAAAAUGAAAAGGGAGAGCACAUUCUUUUUGAUGAACUUAACAAUAAAUUGAAUAGACCUUCCGACUAUGACGAAGACGCUCCAAUUAAAGCUCCGGAAAGUCCACUAAAUAAUCAAGCAACGAGUUUCAUAUACGAAGCAAAAGUAUAUCAUGAUUAUUGGAAAUACGCUGAUGCUGAAACAUUAAAUAUGACAUAUAGAACUCAGCCUGUCACAUCAACAGAAUGUGUGAAAUACAAAGAAUUAACAAAGGACAUGCCGAAGCAUGAGUCUUGUAUACUUGACAAGAGUGAUAUGUCGGAUGAGGUGACACAGAAUGAGAAUAAGGCAGAAAAACCAAGCAAAAUAGAGCCUCUAUAUUCUGAAGUUGUAUCUGGUAAUACCAAACAUAAAUCUAAUAAAUUAGCGGUUGAAGCUACUAAUUUCGAACCUGAUGAAAAAUGUUCUACUCUAAACUAUGAUGAAGAGACAAGUGGCGAACUGGCUAAAAAUCAAAAUACCAAUAACCUAUCGGAAGUACAACAUGUAGACAUAACUAUGGAGAAUAUAGUGCCAAUACUACCGAAGGCAGGCUUAGAUGACCCACACAUAAUUUCAUCUGAAGAUUUGGAUCAGCACAACAUUGAAAAACUAUCGCAAUGCCGUAUUGAAGUUGUUAAAGAAGUUCCGUUGCAAACUGAAAGUGAUGAAAAAUAUGAUGACGGAAAAGAAACCAACUUUUUCAAAUCAACCAUAAACGAAGAACAUGAUAUCAGUAAGGAAACUGCUCCCAUAGAAUUUGUUGAUAUUGAUGCCAAAGCUACGAAUUCAUCUGAAUCAACCAAUGAAGUGAACAAUGACAUUUGCAUUAAAAUCAAUCAGCAUGAUCGAGAGGAAAAAUCCCACCACACCACAGAGAACUUUAAAAUAACAGCAGCUCAAAACACACCAAAAUCUGCUGAAAAUGAAUACACCAAUGAUGAACCCAAGGAAAGUAUUAUUUCCUGUAUAGAACCAUCAGCUUUAAGUAUUGGCAUGGAUGGUGAUGGGCCAGAAAAAGCUCAAUUAUUGUCAACACCUCAUCAACUUGAAGCGUUUUGGAAAGACAAACCUUUAUACGAUGAUGCAGAAUCAACAUACAUCAAAUCAAUGGAAAACUUGAACAAAUGCAUAGUUCCUGAACAAGAUUACCCCAGGGCAGUUGACUCCAUCGUUGAUGAACAAGUACCAACACAGUUAACUCAGACAUCUAACAACAUACUAACCCAACCAUUGCUGCAGAACCCGGCCACAAACUCCAAUCUUUCCGUUCCUCCCCCGAAUCCACCAAAUACAUUAUUAGGUACAACAAGCACCGUGAAUAUCAGAAACCCCAAAGAAACCGUGGAUGAUUGCACAAUAUAUGAACAGACACUUUCCGAAAGCGUGGAGAAUAUUCUACAAUCACUGCUCAACGAGGAGCUGAAAAUGAAUAAUCUACCGUAUGACAACAUGAAUAGCCUAAUAAAAGGUUUGCAGGUACUUAUCGAAAAACUGUCUGAGUACAAAGAACAAAACUACGCAAUAUCAACAUCUCUGCCUCAGAAUGCUGACUACAAAAUAAAAGAAUCUGUCCGCUUGAUUGACGAACGAAUUGAUUUUCUACGCCAACGAGCUCAAGAUGGCCUUGAAAAGAUUCAGGUAAAUAUGUCAUAACUGUUAUUGUUUGAUUUAAUAGAAAAACCUGUUCCAAAAUUUCUACACUAUCGUCCAGUAUCAAGCAUAUUCUAAUGCAAUUUUUGGCAUUUCGAAAAGAUUGAAGUACUUUUUUUUUAUUCUUAUCGACUUUUCAUUUUUUUUUUUUAAUUUUUACUCUAAUGUGCAGGGACGAAGAAUAAUACUACAAAUGUUUAAAAGAUUUUCUCAUAAUCACUGUUUUAUGUGUCUUAUCAAAUUACGAAGAUUCGAAAAUUGGGUCUAAGUAGUUUAUGUACAGCACCAUAUCACUUAAAGUUACGCGUUAGUAAAAAAAAAACACCCGUUCCUAAUGGUAGUAAUAAAACAACAAAAAUUAGUAAAAUAUUUGGAAUUUUGGCUUUAUUUUCACAAAAAUUCAAUGAUUUCUAGAGGGUGCUCUAAAUUUAUGCAUGACUUGUAGUGAAAUCGUCGUAACUGUGCAUUCGUUCAUGUAUUUAGUUCCUUUUUUAGGAAAAAAAAAAACAAUCGAACGGUAUCAUACUGUCCGAUCUCACAAGUGUAACGCUGUGUCUUAUUUUACAACACUCGGCGGUGAUAUCGAUUAAAAACGACGUUAUGCGUUGAGGUCCGAAGACCAAAUUGAACUGAUUUAUUCGGCCUGGGAAGACCCCUUUUAUAGGGCCAGCCAGACUGCCAAAAGUAUAUCAUACAAUGUGUUUACAUAGAACCUUAUGGAAGUUUCCUGGAGUGAUUUAUGCUUAGGUCAGCGGACGACGCGUCGUCGUCGUCUCGAUCGAACCGUCGUAUGCUCAUAUCGAUUUGGCGAGCGAUACAUUGUUGUAAUUAAUUUGCAAACGUAAGCGUUGGGAUACGAACGAUAGCACGUUCGUCGCGUAUGUAGAAUUGGCUCGUUUUGCACUACACCUUUCCCCUUUUUCAGAAGAAUGGCGUAGCUAUUCUGAUCAAGCAUCACUUAAAGAAUCUUUUACAAUAUAUUUUGUUACAUUUUUAUGAUUCGGUUUUUAUGUACUUGUAUUUCUUUUUUGUUGGAAAUAUCGAUUAUUUUACAAUGUAUAUUGUCAACUUCUUUAAUUUUGAAUGGACCUAUAAAAUGUGGCUCAAGCUUUUUCCUAUUUUCGUUUGAUAAAUACACCAAAUCUCCUACAGAAACAUCUAUUGGAUUUAAGUUAUUAUUCAAAUUUUGUGUUCGUUUGAUUUUUUGUUCUAUUAAAAUUUUCCUAGCUAUUUCGCUUGAUUUUUGCAGUUUGAAUUUUAACUCUGUGUAGUAUUCGUCCAAAUUAUAUAUCGGUUCUGGUGUAACUUUUUGCAUAUCCUGAGGAAGUUUGGCUUUUCUACCGAAUACAAGUUCAAAAGGUGUAUAUUCGGUAUCGGUGUGAGCAGUAGUGUUAUAGGUAAAUUCAUAAAAUUUAGUCCACUCAUCCCACUCAUUGUGGUGUACGUUGGAAAAAUUUCGUAGGUAUUCGUUUAAACACCUAUGAUUUCUUUCUAGUGCUCCAAUGGAUUGUGGAUGGUAAGCAGUUGAGAAUGUUUGUUUAAAAUUAAGUAUUUUACUAAUCUGCUUAAGUACUUCGUUCUUGAACUCUGUACCUUGGUCAGAUUUUAACUCUAAAAAUGAUCCAUAGAUAAGUAUAAAAUUCUGCACCAAAGCUUUCGCAAUGGUAUCAGCUUCCUUAUUUUCUAAUGGUAUAAUUACAACAUAUUUGGUUAAAUCGUCUUGCAAUGUUAUGCAAUAACGAUUGUUUUUCGCAGUUCUUGGUAACGGACCUACUGUGUCAAUCGAGAUAAUAUCGAAUGGUUUACAAGGUGUAGUUGUUACCAAAGAUUCUUCUUUUGUCCGUUUUGUUACUUUGUUCAUUUUACAAAGUUUGCAGGCCUUUACAAACUUCGUAAUCGAACUUCUCAUGCCUUUCCAAAAGUAAAGGUCUCUGAGUUUGAGAUAAAGCCGGUUUUGUCCAAUAUGACCACCUGUUGGAGUCAUAUGGAAGUCAUGUAGGAUGUUAUUGAUCUCUUCAGAAUUCGUCAAUUCUUUCGGAGGGCGAUAUAGUAUUAGUUCGAAUUUACGGAUGACGUCUAGAGCGAUCCGUUUAAAAUCUUGUAGUGGUAUAUGUUUUAAAAUAUCUUCUUGUGUCGACAUUGCAAUUUUUCUAUUUUCCAAUAUUUUAUUCAUCUCUGAAAGAGCAAACUCUAGCGUCUGACUUUCAUUUUCGUGAAUAAUAUCUCUUUCAAGCGUUAUUAAAGUUUUGCGCAUAUUUUCAUUCAUUAAUUUUAUAAUAAUCAUUCCAUUUUGCAUGCAUAUUUUCAUUUUAUUCAAUUUUUUAAUGUCUGCCGGCGAUUCUGUUUCAUAGACAAGAAGGUGAUCAAGCUUCUUUUUUUGUGAAACAGUUUUUGUUUUGUCAAUUUUGUGUUGAUUUUUGGUCAUAGAUCUAGUAUGGACCAUGAGAAUUGAUUUUGAUUUAAUAUCAUCUGAAGUUAUAAUUCUGGAUAAUGCAUCUGCACCAACAUUAUUACUUCCUUUGAUAUAUUGUAUUUCGAAGUCAUAAUCUUCAAGAUCUAAACGCAUCUGGGUUAACUUUUUGGUAGGUUCUUUCAUACCAAAGAGAUACACCAGAGGGCGAUGAUCUGUUCUGAUCAUGAAUCUUCUUCCAUACAGAUAUGGUUUGAAAUGAUCGAUGGCCCAGUGUAUGGCAAUCAUUUCUUGUAUUAUUGUAUGUUUUUUCGUGUCUGCAUUGCUAAAUGCUUUACUGGCAUAAGCAAUGGGUAAGUCAUUUCCGUCAAAAUUUUGUGACAACACCGCACCGCAUCCAAUGUUCGAAGCAUCCGUUGUCAAUACGAAUUGUUUUGUAAAAUCAGGAUAUUUAAGAAUUGGUGGGUUUAAUAAUUUUUCCUUAAGAGCUUCAAAAGCUGCCUGACAAUCAUUUGACCACGUAAACUUUAUAUCCUUCUUUAAUAAAUUGUUUAACGGCCUAGCAAGUUGCGCAAAAUUUGGCACAAACUUCCUAUAAUAAUUACAAAAGGCCACAAACCUACGAACGUCAUCUGCGUUAGUUGGUUUGGGAUAUUUUUUUAUUACAUCAAAUUUUGAAUUAUCUGGGAGAAUUCCAUUAUCUGAAAUUUUAUGGCCUAAGUAAGUUACUUCUGCCUUAAAAAAUUGACAUUUUUCGGGAUUGAGUUUCAAAUUAUACUGUCUCAAUCUUUCAAAAACUCGCUUUAAAUUGUUAAGAUGAUGAUUUAUAGAGCAUCCUAUGACAACUAUAUCAUCAAUGUAUACGAAUGCACAUUCAGGUGUUAAACCUGCCAUGGCAAUCGUCAUCAUGCGCUGGAAACUAUUUGGGCUUAUAUUGAGUCCAAAUGGUAAGCGCGUAAAAGCAUAAUGCCCAGAGGGUGUUGAAAAUGCCGUAUAUUUUCUGGAAUCAAAAUCUAGAGGAAUUUGAUGAAAUCCUGCCAUCAAAUCCAGAGUACUGAAGUAUUUAGCUCUACCUAGUUGAUCCAAAAUAGUAUCGAUUCUAGGUAGGGGAAAUCUGUCAGCCAAAAUUUUUUUAUUCAGCUGUCUGAAAUCGACAACUAGUCUCCAUUUUUUCUCAUUGCUGCUCGACUUUUUGGGUACCAACAGAAUUGGUGAAUUGUAAGCCGAGACUGAGUGUUCAAUCACAUCAUUUUUCAACAAAUUUUGGACUUGAGAUUCAAUCUCCUCAUUGUGCGCGUGUAUAUUCCUAGGGUUUGGGUACUAGUAGUGGACCCCCUAAGCCAUCGAAAUUUACUUCUGCGGCUCUUAAGCUAUGUUGAGAUAGUGGAUUGUUCCAAAGUGGAUUUUUUUAACAAGUUUCACGUCCCCUCUUUAUGUUAAGACCGUCAAACAUACAACGUUAAUACAUUAUUCCAGUGAAAUACGCAUUUGAAAAUACGCAUCGAUGUUGCCUAUAAUGGACACCACCGGGGUCCAUUAUAGGAUUAUUUACAAAUAUCUUGGCGCCUAUAGUGGACCCCCCCAUUUGAUUUCCAUGUUAGCUGUCACGCCGUCGACGGUGCCUAUAGUGGACCCUCCCUGAGUGUGCGUAUAGUGGACCCUUUUGAGUGUUUACAUUCAUUAAAUAGUUAAAAUAACCGAUUGAUAUGGCCACUGGGUCAUUUGUUUGCCAGGAACUGCUGUGUGGCAAUGUAAUUGAUGUUCCCCCGGUGGAAGUUGCCUGGAAACAGUUGAUUUUGGCAUUUAUAUUUAAGUUUUUCUGAAGGGGGUCCACUAUAGGCGCAGGGUCCACUAAUAGCACACAACCCCUAUAAUUUGGGAUGUAUACAGGCACGUUAUCUGAAAGUUCUAUAUUUUGUGAAUAGAAGUUGUUAGUAGUGAGGUUAUCUUCUCCUAACGCAAAAAUAUCAUUGUAUUCGUGAAUUAAAUUUUCAAAAGGUUCCUUGGCUGAUGCUGGUAGUUCUGAAACAUUAAUUUUUGAUCUUAUUUGAUCAGUUCGGUCGGAAAUAUUACCGUUUUUAUUGACAUUUGCUACGAUAAAAUUCUUCAGAGGUUUCAUCAUAGGCUUAAAAUCUUUUAUAAGUACUGCUUUAUCAGUAGUAUUUAUAAAUUUAACGUAUUUUGUUGAUGGUGACGUCAAUGUAUUGCCACAGAAAAUCCCUGGUUGGAUUUCUUCGGCACACACUAACAUAUCUUCAUUCAAAUUUAAAUCAUUUAUUUUUCUUACAACUUCGCAACGUUCAGGAAGUAUGAAUCCUCCAUUGAAGUUGUCUUCAAUGGGAAUGUUAACUUCCUCAUUAUUGCAUCGAAUGUUCAAAAUCCAGGAUUCAUAAUCAAUACUGCAUUUAAAUGCAGUUAAAAAGUCUCGUCCCAAUAUCCCAUCAGUAAAUAUUGGAAAAUUUUCUUCAACUAUUUGGAACUCAUGUUCCAAUGUAAUGGUAUUUUGGAAUGUUAGUUGUGUCACAGCUGAUGCAACAGUUUCAAUUUUAUUUUCUGAUAUUCCAGAGAUCAUACAUCUUCGAUCUCGAUUUAUCAGUUGAUCAUGCAAUAUAUUAUUUAAUUUGAAUAUAGAAACGUCAGCACCUGAAUCGACCAUAAAGGUACAUGUAGAAUUUGAUAUUCCAAUAUGUGCCUUUAUGAAAUUUGAUGCUGAUGGGUUUAUUGUGAAAAGCGUUGAAUUUGGCCUAAAAAAUUUUGUGGCUGUUGAGUGUUUUGAUGUUGCGUUGUUGGUUGUGGAGCGUUUGUUGCUUGUUGGGGUAACUGAGGUGUCUGACCACUUUCACUGUUCGUAUAAUAAAUACGGGACUGAGAAUGUCCUCUAUAUGGUCUUCUACCACGUGAAGAAUAGAAAUUUGCACUAUGUCCUCGGUUUUGAUAUCGGCCUUGGAAAUUUCCACGAGAAUUGCCUCUGAAAUUUCCACGAUAGUUACCUCUGUUUCCUCUAUAGUG